AUGUAAUAGAAUCAACAUCCAAGAAGGCUCAUCGUCUCAAAAGAUUUUUCAUAUUUGAGUACAUUUACAUACUGUUUCGUACCUGCAUUCAUUUGCACCAUUAGCUAGAGGAAAUGGAUGGGAAUAGUGAAAUGGAUCCGAAAGACGUGGUUGCGCUCGAGGAACGUCUGUAUUCACAAUUUCAUCAUUCGUACGAAGUAACGUCGACUACGGAUGGACCUUCGAGUAGCAGUGUAGAUAAUGGCCCUUCGCGAGUCGUUACGAAAACGUCGGUUGUGAACAAUGCGCAAUCGGCAAAUUUGCAACCCAAAAGGAAACGCUAUUGGGGCAACACGGAUGGAUCAGACGGUGGUCAUAUGCCAUCACAAGCAAAGCCAUUCCAUACCAUCCAAACGUCAUUGGUACCAUCGGAGCCUACACAAAAAGAUAGCAAUAAUUCUGGAGGUGUGCCGAGUGAACCUAAAAAAAUGUACUUAACGCCUUACCAAUCGUUGCUAGGAAAUACCUUACACAACUACAAGGAAAAUAGCAUUAUCCUACCAGCAGAAACCAAUGCAGCCCAGGUUACAGAUGAACUAACCUAUUUGAAAAAGAAUCCAGCUACCAAUAAGCCCAAACCUUCGAAGAAAGUACAGAGAGCAAUGCCCCCCAAAAGGAACAAUCAAUUAUCGCAACAACCGGUGCAAAAAAAAUUUGCCGGAUUGAUGAAAUUGGCGGAUAAAAGCAAAGACCGAAGGGAAAGAUUUGAUGUGAAAAAAACCAAAGCAACAGCAACUCGUCAACGCAAUGCUCCAAGGGUUGUGGCGCAAAUCUUCCUUGAUUCGUCCGAUGAGGAUUCUAAAUCCCGUGGCGUGGUUUCGUAUGAUAAAAUCAAACAAAGCGAAUCUAUGGCACAGUCUGACGAGGAGACCGAUGAUGUUGUAAUAGUACCAUUGCCUGAACCGCCGAAAAUUUGCAUCGAGUCUAGCGACGAUGAGGUGGCGCAAGAUAGCUUUGCCUUUCCGCACGCCAAAAAGACGAAAAGGAAGGUCGCGGCGCCAAAACUCAAUUCGCCACGUUGUGUUAGUCCUUCGAACAGUUCAAUAAUGUCGGACGAUUUCAUUGGUCUUCCUGAACGUUCGCGAUUAAGCGACAACCUUGCUGAAAGCAUCCCAAAUGACGAUGAGUUAGAUUGUUCAAUUGACGGGAAACGUGCUGGAGAUUCUCGCAAAGGAAAGCAGAACGCUCUGCUUUCACGAGAUCAAAGAGCUCCGUCCAUCUCGUCGGAUGGUACGGUUUGUACAAGUAGCGAUACGACCGAUCAAGAAAAGCGCCUCCAGGAAUCCAAUAAGGGUAAUUUGUCGCCAGUACGCCGAGACAGCAGUACCGUUGCGAAAAAGGCUGAUCUAAGCAGCAAAAAAGUUUCAUCACAGGCGAAGGGAUCCAAACACCCGGACAAAACGCCAAUGGAGAAAUUAAAAGAUCCAUCUACGAUCUCCUCACCGAAAGAGUCGGUGAAAAAAGGUUCAUCUAAAAAGGCUUCUUCCACCCUGCCUGCCAAAGAGGCGGAUGGAUCCAACGCAAGACCAAAUUGUAAAUCUCCAAUAAGUGUUGCCCUAGAACUGGCUCGCAAACACUUCGACACGGACAAUUCGUCCGACACUACAGUACACGGUACAAAAAAGAAAUCGAAAAAAGAUCGUCCAUCUGAUGUCAACCAAUCUGCCUCGGUUAAUCAAGAAUCGAUUGCCUCCAAGGGCGGAAGUAAAAAAAGCCCAACGACACGAACAAACACUACCUCCUCUGAUGUUGAUAGCAUGUAUCAGUUGGUUUCAGCUGGGUCAAAAGCGAAACGAAAUACGGAUCGUUUGGAGCUUAGUUAUGAUAGCGUGUCAUCUGAAAGUGACUACGAACUUACAAUAAACACUGGGCCUAAUGACAGCUUGCAGACUAAAGAAAAAACAGCUUCCAAUGCCCCGCUGGAGAAGGACUCCUCAUUAAAACAUGCCUCCGCCAAGAUUUUGCCAGAGCUGGAGAAAAUGGGUGCCGUUUCCUCGGAAAGCGAUUAUGAGGAAAGCUUCGUGCACGCAAUAAAAAGUACGCCGAAGUUGCCCCCGAAGGAAGGAAGAAAGCGAAAACCCAAAAGAAAGCAAUAUAAUUCGGAAAAUUAUUCCGAUGAAGACUUCGCAAGCAUGUUAACAGACAUAGUGCGUGCCAUUUCGGAUACGGAUGCGGAGGAAGAGGAGAAUGAAGAACAGGAACGCCAACAGCAGCUAGGUAAAGAAAAUUUCCCUAAGGAAGCUUCUGAUAGCGUUGUUACCAGCAGCACAGUCGCCACCUCGGAGACCGCUAGUGAACCACAGAAAAAGAGUACCAAAACUGACGGUCCAUUGGCGAAGAAAAAGAAACGAUCUAAUGAUAUUUCGCUUGAACAUGUCGCUGACGUUUCGCAUUCAAGUAACCUAAACGAUGCAGACCAAACGGCAGAUGAACCGAUAGAUAACGCAGUCUCUACAGCCAACACUGCAAAAGUUGUCGAGCAUGGCUAUCAAUCACCGAAAAAGCUCACCAAUGUCGAUCCAGGCUCAUCUAAAAAAAAGAAAAGAUUGAGUGAGGCGGUUACAACCAGCAAUACCGAUGUGAGUCAGCGUGGACCAGAUGAUGUAAACCAGAGUGCGGAACAGAGCAUGGUCUCCGUUGUAGAACAAACAAACACCACUCAAGAUCGGUCGCAGGUUGCUAAAAAUCUGCCAGAUUGUGCCUGGAACGAAGAGAUGAAAUUAUUCUACAACGACGUUUGGGUGGAUGAAGAUUUCAAUUUGGCUUCAGUAAUGCAAAAGAUGCCACGGGGAAGAAAACACUGGGAAAUUAUGCAGCAAGAUCUGUAUCCGAGUCCACCCCGUAAGCAGCCCAUAUGCCUAAAAUGUGGCGAACAAGGUCACAUGCGGUUCAAGUGUCGAAACCCUCCGAAACCGCCCGUUUGCUACAUGUGCGGUGAACAAGGCCACCAAGAGCCACGAUGUCCUAGAACAAUUUGUUUGAAUUGCGGCGAAAGGACGCGCAAUUUCGUGCGAGGUUGUAAUGCCUGCGCCAGGGAUCUCAAUAUGGUUUGCAAACUUUGCGGUGUACGCGGACAUGGGCAGCGGGUUUGUCCGGAUCUGUGGCGCCGGUACCACAGUACGACGGAAGAUAACGUACCGCUCAGGGGACAGUAUCACAUCAACAUGAAAACGAAGUACUGCUGCAUCUGCUGCAAGCAAGGCCACCAGGCCCACGCAUGCACCGCGGCGUAUCGCAUUUUCGGUCAGGCAUUACCGACGAUUCACAUCAAGUCUUACCUGCCGGCUUACCGGGGAUACCAGCCGCAUAACGAACGAAGUCAGUCCGAACCGGAAGCUGGUCCGCGCUACAAUCUGUUCAGUGACCAGGCAAACGAGUGCGAACUGAAUCUCCACGAUCUUGCGGAAAACCCGAACGGAUUCUACUAUCGAUUUGUUAAAUCUUCCGGAUUGAUAGAAAAACAACAGUUACGUAUGAAUCAAGAAAGAGAAGCUCAAUUCAAGGUCAUCUCUCAUUUGCAAGAACAAAACCACCAGCAACACCAAUGUCAUCAGCAAGAACAACAACAACAACCACAACAUGACCAGGAACAGCGCAUUGAGGAUAGCAGACCGAUAUUCCAUGAAUCACUAAACGAGUUUAAAACCCAACAACAAAAUGCUCCGGAACAAUUUCAAAAUGAAAAGAUCCCAAUUGAUGUUCAAUCUGCUAUGCAAACUGAAGAUUCGAACUAUAGUUUUUCGGUACUCGCAGAAGAAGCAGAACUGGUAGAAAAAAAUAACGCCCCGCAAGAGCCUGUUGAAACGAAUCUGCAACUGGAUCACCCUGAUGUAUCAAGUGUUGAAUCGGGUUUGCAGACCGAGAGCGUUGCAGCAUCAUCGAUGCCCGACUUUAUUCCGCUCAGUUCUGAGCCAUCUCCGCCGGCACACCCAGCGACGCCAGCAGAUGCUACGGAAAGUUCGGACGUAACGGACGGGAAAGUGUACCUUACCAAACAGCACGCCAAGGCACUGCUCUCGGAUCGUGGUAGCAUUUUUGUGAAGGAGGCAGCCGAAAAGCAUUCACUUAAAUUAUCCAUUACCUUCGAAUCGGUUGGGAAUGUACUGCUAAUAUGCGGUACACCGAAUGCACAAGAUCUAUUUCACACAGAGUUAGUGCACUUUCUGGGACAAGGCGAUGCAGAUACUGUAAACAAAGCCUUGAUUGCACAAAAUGCAAUACCCCGGAAAGUGAGAAAGGCAUUGUAUUAUGUGACCGAAAAGUUGCUGCAGCUAACGAAUGCUUAUGGAGACGUGAAGGCACUGUUCAGCGCAUACGAAUCUGCUAAACCGAACGAUAAAAAAGCACAAAAGCUGCGAUGCCAGCUGAACAUGGUGCUGUUCGGGCAGUUUGGCCUACGUGAGGGUAAAAAACAUCUGGGUACGCUGCGCCAUCACGUGUUGCAAAUGAUGAAUUCCAAGGAUACAUUAUUGGACCCGAACCACCGUAAUGUUAUCUGGGAAGCAUGUAUGUACAUAUUCUCCACGUACGAUCACACCGAGUACAAAGAGUUAGUCAACGAAUAUGAAGAGCUGCGCCGAACCAGUCAACUUCAUAAAUUUUCGUGGUCCGACUUGCAGUUUCAAGAGUUCCCUGGCGGCUUAAGUUUGUUAUGCCGAUUGAGCAAAGAUCCUGCCCUCUACGAAAUGUAUGCCAAUCCAGGGAAUGGAUCAAACAGUAGACUACUUUAUGAUGAACAGGUCCCGAGUGCCAGAGAGGAUAUUUUACUGAACACUUACGAUCAGACGAUCGACACGGACCGGCUCAACAGUCUCGAUAACGCUACUCGAGACUUUCAGGACGACCAAACGAGCCCUGCGAUUCCGGACGUACCAGUUGAUGAAAAUCAAUUCUGUAGACAUGGAAGGCAUGGUUAUGCUACCCGGCAAAAAAGAAGUCAAUCGGAAGGAAGAAGCCAAACGAGCCCUGCGAUUCCGGACGUACCAGUUGAUGAAAAUCAAUUCUGGAGACAUGGAAGGCAAUUUUAUGCUACCCUGCAAAAAAGAAGUCAAACGGUGAAACCAGGAAAAGCUUUGCAGACAAUUCAACAAAUACACAGACUGAUGCGUAAAGUAGAUCCACCGAAUAAGAAAUUCAUGUCGAACCAUUUGAAACAUCUGGAGAGUAUGAUGCCGAUGUACAACGGACUGUUACCUAACAGAGAAAUGCAUCAACUAUUUAAGAUGCGUGCCGCGCUGAAGAAACACCAAACAGAAGUAAAACGUCGCGCCAAGGCAAUGCGUUUAGCGAAAAGCUACACAUAUUAAAAAUAAACUCUGCAACGGGAAGACGCCAUAUAAAUUUGUAAUAACUUGGAAGAAAGCUUGAAUUUUCUUUAUUUUUCAAAACAUUGCAACACUCCGAUUAUCCUGAAAAUGCUCGGCCGUAUUUUAAGAUGUGCGCAAAAAACAACACAAGUCACAAUGAAGUAGAAUAUUUUAUGUGCGGGAGAUUUGAUGAAUUCGUCAGUUAAGAUCCCAUCAAGUGAG